AGCGGAGAGAGAGGAUCAUAGAGGAAAAAGCUCUCUGGCUACGACUUUUGUCGAAUUCACAUACCAACAUCUAAACCGAACCGGGGUCAGUGGACAAACGCUAAAAAAAUAAAUAAAAACAACUGGAAAAUUGUAGGAUUAAAUGAUUUUAUGGAUUAAUUUGAACCUUUUCUUUCGUCGAAAGAAAACAUUCUCAACUUGACUUCAUAGAAUCGCUACGCUGGUCACUCAAGAGGAGCCCAGAGGACUGGGAAAGAGAUGAAGACUCCGGAGGAGCCGCCCUACCUGACAGUGGGCACUGAUGUCAGCGCCAAGUACAGAGGUGCUUUCUGUGAGGCCAAGAUCAAGACUGCCAAGAGACUGGUCAAGGCCAAGGUGACCUUUAAACCAGACCUGACCACAGCAGAGGUCCACGAUGACAGCAUCCAAGGCCCACUGAAGGUUGGUGCUGUAGUAGAGGUGAAGAACCCUGAUGGAGUGUACCAGGAAGCCUCCAUCAACAAGCUGACAGACUGCAGUAUAUACACUGUUGUGUUUGAUGAUGGUGACGAGAAGACACUGAGGCGUUCCUCUCUCUGCCUGAAGGGGGCACGUCACUAUGCAGAGAGCGAGACACUAGAUCGCCUCCCUCUCACCAACCCUGAGCACUUCGGCACUCCUGUCAUCGGCAAGAAGGGGAACCGGGGACGCAGGUCCAAUCCAGUUCAGGAGGAAGAGUCCUCUUCAUCGUCCAGUGAAGAGGAGGACAGUGACGGGAGACAGAACGAAGACCUGUAUGGGAAGGUGGUGUGUGUUGAGGUGGGCCCUGCCUCUACUGCAGACAGGAAGACCAAGACAACAGCAUGGUACCCUGCCCUGGUCAUCACCCCAGACUGCCAUGAAGAGGCCACCAUAAAGAAAGACACCGUCUUCGUUCGUUCCUUCAAGGAUGGCAAAUUCAACACAGUGCUGAGGAAGGACGUAACGGUGAUGGACACAGACUCUCCUCCUAAAGCUGACGCAGGGCUCAAGCCAGUGCUGGAUGCGGCUGUGGAGUUUGUGCAUCAGGCGGUGGUGCCCGGCUCCUGGAGGACUGAGGUGAAAGACGAGAGUUCCACAAGUGAGGAAGAUGAGGAGGAGGAAGAGCAGGAGGAAGAGGCCAGCGAAGAGGAGGAUGAGGAGGAAGUGGAGCCGUUCCCCGAAGAGAGAGACAACUUCCUGCAGCAGCUGUACAAGUUCAUGGAGGACAGAGGAACCCCUAUCAACAAGAAGCCCGUGCUGGGCUACAGGAACCUGGACCUCUUCAAGCUCUACAGACUGGUGCACCAACUGGGAGGCUUCCAUGAUAUUGAGAGUGGAUCCGUAUGGAAGACUGUCUACCAGGCUCUGGGAAUCCCUGUUCUCAACUCUGCCGCCGGCUACAAUGUCAAAUGUGCUUACCGCAAGUACCUGUAUGGGUUUGAGGAGUACUGCACCUCCUGCGCCAUCACUUUCCGCAUGGACCUUCCACUGAAGCAGCCCAAGGCAGAGGGGGGCAAGGCUGAGGGGGAGACGGGGGAGGCAGGGGGAGACAGUUCUGUCCCACCUGUAGCCUCUUCAAGCUCAGCAGAGGAGCAGAAACGGAAAGCCUGCUACUCUGAGAGAGAGAACCUGUGCUGCUCAGAGACCAGCAGCACUCAGCCCAUCGUCUGCAAGGAGGAGACUGAGCUCACCCGGAACAAACCAGAGCUGGAACCUCUGAAGGCUGAGAGAGAAGUUGGUGAUGAUGAUGAUGAUGAUGAUGGUGUUGAUGAGGAAGGAAACGACCAUCACAAGCACGGCUCUGAUAAUGAAGACGGCCCUUCAUUUGCUCGUCUCAGAGAGGAGGGAGUGAAGCUGGAGCCUUACGAUGAGGAGCAGGAGGCUGGGAAGGAGGAGGACAUUUCUGGCUCUGGGGAUGAGAGCUGCAGUCAGGAGGGCGAUGGUGGUGAUGAGGAUCUGGGGGAGGAAGGGGAGGAGUUUGAGUGUUACCCCCCGGGGAUGAAGGUGCAGGUGAGGUAUGGGCGCGGUCGCAGCCUGAAGACGUACCAGGCCACUGUGAAAGAGGCUGACGUGGAGGGGGGAGAGGUGCUCUACCUGGUUCACUACUGUGGCUGGAACGUCAGAUAUGAUGAGUGGGUCAAAGCUGACAAGAUUGUCCGUCCGGCCAAUAAGAAUGUUCAGAAGAUCAAGCACCGCAAGAAGAUAAAGAACAAAGCGGAGAGAGAGCGCAACCGCCUGGAGCAACUGAACGAGGACCUGGGGAGUCCGUCCCCCAACAGACUACGUGUCCCCCGCCCCUCCUCCAAAUCCCUCGGCCCCUGCUCUGCCCAUGAGCGCCAUGUCUUCUCCAAGAUGGAGGAUGGUGAGAACCAAAGGACUCUGACUCUGCAGUCUCCAGUCAAGUCUAUUGAAAUCACUUCUAUCCUCAAUGGCCUGCAAGCCUCAGAGAGUUCAACAGACGAGUCUGAUCAGGAUGGUGGGCGUGAGGACGACGAUGACCAUCCAGGUUCAGGGGGUCGCGGCAGUCUCAGGAAGGGGGGUCCCCUCAAACCCCUUCACGCCUUAGACCACUGGGAGGGUACCGCCUCUACCGAUGUCCCCAAACCACCAUUGGUCACAGGGAAGAGCCAACAACCAAUCAGCGUCGAGACCCCGGAGUCUGGGAAGCGGCGUAGCCAACUAGAAUUUGAGGCUGAGAGGGAGGGGCCAGGUAGCUCCGCCUGCAGGAAGAGGAAGUCAGAAGGAGUGGCAGGGGAACAACAGACCUCUAAAGGACCCCCGUCCAAAACCAAGCUCCCAACCAGGAGCACCAGGAGCGCAGACUGGCUGCCGGGAAGCUCCAACAGGAGGGCCCAGGAGAGAACAGGAGGUCUAGGGGAAGACAGAGGAGGAGCAGGAGGUUCCUCUAGCAGCAGCUCAGAUGACGGAGGUGCAACUCCCACUGAGCCCCACCAGGCCGAUGGAGACCGACCCAGCUCCCGUCCCAAACCUUCCCCCUCUAAGAAGUACAACGGCAUGAAGGACAAGGGUGGCACCGGUGGUGGAGGCGGCGCCCGCCCUGCGGGAUUCUGGGAGAUCCCUGAGAAGAGGGCUAAGAUGGCAUCCAGCAGUGUGGAGGAGAGGGAGAGAGAGAGAGCGAGACUGGCGGGUGGCAGUCGUACCAAGGGCCAGAAGGAUGUGUGGUCCAGUAUUCAGGCCCAGUGGCCCAAGAAGACCCUGAAGGAGCUGUUCUCUGACUCCGACACAGAGGCUGCUAACUCCCCUCCUCCGCCUGGACCGGCCCAGUCCUCAUCAUCAUGCCACGAGGAGAGGGAGAGCAGGGGGGAGCGGGAUGGGGACGAGGCAGGAGUUGGAGGCCCGGAGAGGGAGAGCAGGGGGGAGCGGGACGGGGAGGGAGACGAGGCAGGAGGAAGAGGCCCGGAGAGGGAGAUUAGGGGGGAGCGGGGCGGAGAGGGAGACGAGGCAGGAGGAGGCCCGGAGAGGGAGGACCAUGACCUCUCAGAGGAGAACCAGGGGCAGGAGAAGAGGAGGAGUGAGCAGGAGUUCCCCUCCAGUGGAUCUAACUCAGUUCUCAACACCCCUCCCACCACCCCAGAGUCCCCAUCCAUGGGACAUAGCAGUAGUGGGGCCAUGGCGCAAGGGGCUGGAACUGGCUCUAACCGGACUCAGCCCUCCUGUCCUCCCCUGUCUGUAACCCCUGCUCUGGGUACAACGCCCUCCUCUGACCCCUUGGCUCCGGGGCGCCCCAACACCCUGGCAGAGGAAGGUGGUUGUGGUCGCAGUGAGACAGACAGCAGUACAGUGGAGGUGGAAAGUCUAGGAGGGGAGCUGCAGGACCAGGACUUACCCCCCCCAGACCAGGAGCAGGGAGAGCCCCACCACCAUGGGGGAACAGGAUCCCUCUCCUCGCAGAGUAAAGUCUCCCUCCUAGACGGUCCAGGUAGCCUGUCCUCCUCUCACAGCCACUCCAACUCUACCUGCAGUCUGGAGCUCAGUAGUAGCAGUCGGCACGACAACACUGAACACAAAGCCAAAGUGUCUGCCAGCCACAAGCGUCAGAAGGAACAGCAGGCAGGUGGAGCAGCAAAGAAACCCAAGCCAAACAGAAAGAGCUCAGUGCCUCCCAAGAAGAACAAUAACAGAAAAACUGCCCACAGCAGUGACAGUGAAGACCAGUCAUUGGGCGAGAGCACAGCCAAGUCUUCAGUCUCCAAGACCCAUGGUGCAGCAGACAUGAAGGGGUCCAUCUCGCCCAAGUGUCCCGGCCUGGGACAGGGACGCACCCUUCCAUCCAGCCAGAAGUACCACAAGCAGCAUGGUGACCCUGACCACCAUCACCAUCUUCACAGUCGGGAACAUCACCGGGAGCCGGACCUGGACAAGAUGUCUAGUCUGGAGAGGAUCUCCUUCCUCCAGGAGAAGCUGCAGGACAUCAGGAACCACUACCUGUCCCUCAAGUCUGAGGUGGCCUCCAUCGACCGACGACGCAAACGCAUCAAGAAGAAGGAGCGAGAGAGUACGGUGGCUGCAUCUUCCUCCUCUUCCUCGUCCCCGUCCUCCAGCUCUCUAACAGCAGCAGUGAUGUUGACGCUAGCCGACACUCCUGUGUCGUCCUCUUCCUCCUCUCAGAACUCUGUGGUGUCUGUAGAGUGUAGGUGACAGGACAACCCCUCACCCCUCCCAACCUUCCGAGGCCCAGGACACAGCACUGAGCACUUAACCAGCACCACCCUGGUCCCCAUCCCAAAAUACCCCCAACACCCACCAAGGCCCCAUCCCUACCACUAACGCCUCCACUCCAAAGUCUCAGUACAUACCCACCUCAAACCGAAGAGCACCCAGGCAUCAAUGCCCCCACUUAAACCUCCCCUCUUAUCCAUGCCUCUCCACCCCAGAGCCCCUUUCCAACAGUUUGGCCUCAUCACCCCUACUCCCAACUCCCUCCCAGCAGGACAGACAACACAAUCUCUAUACUGGAACAACCACAGGGAUACAGCAACACAGACAACCAGACCAACAAGACAAAACAAACACUAUUUUCUAUCCAUAGCUGUUUCCUUGGCAAGCUAAUUGCACUUAAGUGCACUUUUAUGAAGAUUUUGAGGGGGAAGAGAAUACAACGACCAACCAACCAACCAAAAAAAAAAAAAAAUUGAUUGAUAAACAUUUCUAAGAGUUGUUUUCUUCAAGCAAUAGUGAUUCUUUCCAUCUCGAGGUAGUUUCGAUUGGGUUGACGACGGUGUGUACUGUGUCAUCAAGGUCCUUGUCCAAUGUAGCCCUGUGUAUGUAGAGCCUUUCAAAGGGAAAUGCGCAAGACUCAGUCACAUGACGAUGUACAUACUAAAACAUACGCUUGUAGUGCGUGUACUGUUGGAACACUUGCAUUUCUCUCUCUGUCCGUCUUCACUUCUUUAAGCUACCACGCCUUCGAAUGGUACUCUUAUCUUGACCCGUGACCGUGGUCUGUAAAGCGCUGUGUGGAGGAGAGAGAGGCUUCGUAUGUCGGCCCACUGUAGAGAUCCAGAGAAGUGACUUUGAAGCCAUGAAGCUGAUGAACAUGAGACUACUGUUAGGGCCUUGUUGUUGUGUCUAACCCUAAGACACCUCUUAAGAGGGAACAUUGUCCUGUCCGACUCUCUUAGUCCUGAUGGUUCUUAGAAAUGAAAAACGGUCCGUCUUUCAGAGGACUGCAUGAGUGACAGACUGCUCCGACCAGGCCUGUGACUGUGUACAUGACAGAUAUUUCUAGCAAGAUAUUCAUGUGAUCAUAUUGAUAUUCCUAAUGAUUGUAGAGGUGGAGAGUACUAAUCUCUUUCUGUCAGACAGGAUCUAAUGUCUAUAGGAAUGAGUCCCAAAAUUGAACCCUUUUUACCUAUACCGUGCACUACUUUCUAUGGGCUCUGGUGUAAAGUGUAGUGCACAAUAUAGGGAAUAGGGUUCCAUUUGGAACACAGCCCUUUGUCUGCUCCUUAAUAAGGUCCCCAGUUAACAUGGCAGUAUAUACACACAUGUGUAAUGAUGGAGAUGUCUGGCAGGUUGAAGGAAACCUAAUGGAGAGCGUUGUAUCUUGUCGGCUUAUCUUGUCUUUUCAACUCAUUCUUCUUGUAUUUCUAAUCAGUGUUUUUAUCACGCCGUUCAGAGGAUCUACAUUAGACGCUCCGGAUGGAGAAGAAAGCACCCUCUGAAUUAAAUGACAAACUGCCAAGGGGAUCUACACAGCAUUCUGCAUUUAAAAAAAUAUGCUGAACUAAAAUAGAAAAGCAACAUGCAACAAUUUCAAACAUUUUGACCGAUUUACAGUUCAUUUAAAGGAAAUCAGUCAAUUGAAAUAAGUUCAUUAGGCCCUAAUCUAUGGAUUUCACACGACUGGGAAUACAGAUAUGCAUCUGUUGGUCACAGAUACCGUAAAUGAAAAAAGGUAGGGGCGUGGAUCAGAAAACCAGUCAGUAUCUGGUGUGACCAGAUCCUCAUGCAGCGAGACAUCUCCUUCACAUAGCGUUGAUCAGGCUGUUGAUUGUCGUCUGUGGAAUGUUGUCCCACUCCUCUUCAAUGGCUGUGUGACGUUGCUGGAUAUUGGUGGGAACUGGAACAUGACGAUCCAGAGCAUCCCAAACAUGCUCAAUAGGUGACAUGUCUGGUGAGUACGCAGGCCAUGGAAGAACUGGGACAUGCUGUCAUACACAUCGAUCCAGAGCAUCCCAAACAUGCUCAGUGGGCGACAUGUCUGCUGAGUACGCAGGCCAUGGAAGAACUGGGACAUGCUGUCAUACACAUCGAUCCAGAGCAUCCCAAACAUGCUCAAUGGGCGACGUGUCUGGUGAGUACGCAGGUCAUGGAAGAACUGGGCCAUUUUCAGCUUGCAGGAAUUGUGAACAGAUCCUUGCGACAUGGGGUUGUGCAUUAUCAUGCUGAAACAGGAGGUGAUGGUAGAGGAUGAAUGGCUCGACAAUGGGCCUCGGGAUCUCGUCAUGGUAUCCCUGUGCAUUCAAAUUGCCAUCAAUAAAAUGCAAUUGUGUUCGUUGUCCGUAGCUUAUGCCUGUCCAUACCAUAACCCCACCGCCACCAUGGGGCACUCUGUUCACAAAUUUGACAUCAGCAAACCGCUCGCCCACACGACGCCAUACACGUGGUCUGCGGUUGUGAGCCCGGUUGGACAUACUGCCACAUUCUCUAAAACGACGAUGGAGGCGGCUUAUGGUAGAGAAAUUAACAUUAAAUUAUCUGGCAACAGCUCUGGUGGACAUUCCUGCAGUCAGCAUGCCAAUUGCACGCUCCCUCAAAACUUGAGGAAUCUGUGGCAUUGUGUUGUUUGACAAAACUGCACAUUUUAGAGUGGCCUUUUAUUGUCCUCAGCACAAGGUGCACCUGUGUAAUGAUCAUGCUGUUUAAUCUCCUUGAAAUGCCACACUUGUCAGGUGGAUGCAUUAUCUUGGCAAAGGAGAAAUGCUCACUAACAGGGAUGUAAACAUUUGAGAGAAAUAAACAUUUCUGGGAUCUUUUAUUUCAGCUGAAAUAUGGGACCAACACUCUACAUGUUGCAUUUAUAUUUUUGUUCAGUGUAUAUAGUAAUAUAUAUAAUGUAUAAUUCCCAGGUUUGUAAUUGAUUAUUCCAAGAGAAAUAUAUUAAAACAGUAGGUGUUCUACCAGUAUGUUUCCAACUCCUCAUCAGUCCUGUGUUCUUCUAUAACCUGUAGGGGUGAGAUUUGAUGAGUCUAUACAGAUUCAGCAUUCUUAUCAAAUCUUUACCCCUACAGAUUAUAGUAGUCUGACCAGAUUAUAGUAGUCUGCACAGAUUAUAGUAGUCUGCUCAGAUUAUAGUAGUCUGUUCAGAUUAUAGUAGUCUGUACAGAUUAUAGUAGUCUGUUCAGAUUAUAGUAGUCUGUUCAGAUUAUAGUAGUCUGCACAGAUUAUAGUAGUCUGUUCAGAUUAUAGUAGUCUGUUCAGAUUAUAGUAGUCUGCUCAGAUUAUAGUAGUCUGUUCAGAUUAUAGUAGUCUGUUCAGAUUAUAGUAGUCUGCUCAGAUUAUAGUAGUCUGUUCAGAUUAUAGUAGUCUGUUCAGAUUAUAGUAGUCUGCUCAGAUUAUAGUAGUCUGUUCAGAUUAUAGUAGUCUGUUCAGAUUAUAGUAGUCUGUUCAGAUUAUAGUAGUCUGUUCAGAUUAUAGUAGUCUGUUCAGAUUAUAGUAGUCUGAUCAGAUUAUAGUAGUCUGACCAGAUUAUAGUAGUCUGCUCAGAUUAUAGUAGUCUGCUCAGAUUAUAGUAGUCUGUUCAGAUUAUAGUAGUCUGUUCAGAUUAUAGUAGUCUGUUCAGAUUAUAGUAGUCUGUUCAGAUUAUAGUAGUCUGUUCAGAUUAUAGUAGUCUGUCCAGAUUAUAGUAGUCUGUUCAGAUUAUAGUAGUCUGCUCAGAUUAUAGUAGUCUGUACAGA